GACACUUCACCCUCAAAGAAGCCAUGAACUUUCCGGCGACCAGGUUACCGGAGUUUCUUGGAAUUCCGGUGACCCAACAAAAUAAGCUUGAUUUGAUCAUGACAUCUGUCAUCAUCCUCAUCAUCAUCUCCUCUCAUCCAACAAAUUCACAGUCUUUAUCUUCUUCUCCGACGACUGCUGUGUCUGCUGAUACUUCAAACUCACCGGAUUCCGUCACAAAUUUCCAGCCAAGUUUAGCAGUUGUCAUCGGAGUUCUUGCCAUCAUGUUUAUUUUAACAUUUUGUCUCUUGAUUUACGCAAAAUGUUGCCACAGAGCAUCUUCUCCACGAUACCUGAAUCAAGAAAACUUCGGUGAUCAGUUACCUCGAUCACUAUCUAGGGUUUCGGGUGUCGACAAGACCGUGAUCGAAUCGCUGCCAUUUUUCCGGUUUUCGACCUUAAAAGGGUGGAGAAAUGGCUUAGAAUGUUCCAUCUGUUUGUCCAAAUUCGAAGACAUCGAGAUUCUUCGAUUGUUGCCCAAAUGCAAACACGCUUUUCACAUCGAUUGUGUGGAUCGGUGGCUCGAAAAACACUCGGGUUGUCCACUUUGUAGGUGUAAAGUAAGCGAAGAAGAUGCCGCACUUUUCGCGUAUUCGAGUAGUUUAAGGUUUUUAAGCAACCAAUCCGAUCGUCAUCGGGCACACGAAGGUUCGAAUUUGGAGCUGUUUAUCGAACGAGAAGGGUCCGCAAGAUUCGGAAGCCGAAGAAGUUUCAGCAAGCUUGAUCAUGAACAACGAGAGAUGAAGAAUCAAGAAAUCUUGGAAGGUGAUCAUGAUCAAGAUCAAGAAACCUUGCACAAGUUUAAUCAUAGGAUUAUUAUAUCAGAUUAUGAUCAACAUGGUUUGAUGAUGAAGAACAGAUGGAGUAACAUGAGUCCAUCUGAUCUUCUGUUCUUGAAAUCUGAGAUGAUUACUUCUUUGUCAAGCAACAUACUUGAUGAUCAUCAUCAUCAUCAUGAGAUGAUUACUUCUAUCUCAAGCAACAUUCUUGAUCACCAGCCCAUCAAGAUCAAAGAAGAAAUCAAACGAAAAAGGGAAUUCGAGAUGAAAAUAAAGAGAUUUCCAGGUGGGAAUUCAGAUAUCGAACCGAAAUCGACGAAACUUACAGAGAAAAGAUCGAUGUCUGAGAUUAUUGUUCAUCCAAGAUUUCUUGAUGUUGAAUCAAGUAAUCAUAAAGAAGAGAGAUUGAAGAGAUUAUGGCUACCGAUUGCACGAAGAACAGUUCAAUGGUUUGCAAGUAGAGAUCAACGGUCACAGAUUAACACACAAUCCCAAGUUUAAUUAGAAUUAAUCAGAUCCAUUUAUCCCGGUUGAUUAUAUUUUCUCUUAAAAUUUUCAUGUUCCCAC